UUCCUGGAUCAAAUCUCCCCAUCUCCUCACCUGAAUAUCUUCAAGAAAUGUGAGUGCCAUCGUUGAAUCAGAUUCCACUUUAAAUCCCUACUGAAGCUAUACUGAUAUCCCUCAGUUUCGCCUCCAAUGGUGACGAGGCCGCAAGAGGAAAGCUUAUCGCUACUAUCAGCGCACCCGAAGAAUCCCUGAGAAUCGCACCACCAAUUGAGAUGUCAGAAGAGUUCGGGACCCAUAAGCCGAUUCGCGAGCCCUGAUGUGAAGGUAUAUACACAUAUUAUAUACUUCGGGUAUAAUAUUUAUAUUCAAUUUUAUAUAUAAUAAACUUGAAACAUUUAAUUUGUGGUUAUUCUAUUUUCAAUACUUAUUAUUAUGUAUAUUAUACAGAGUAAUAGGUAAUAAUUAGACAUGUGGUAUAUAAUUAUUUAUAUAGUGCCCGUUUGAUAGCCAUGAUUUUUGGCUUUUCAGGUUUAUAAGCCAACUUUUUCACCAAACACGUAACUUUUGGUUUUACGGGCUCAAUUGUGUAAUAAUAAGAAAAGUAAUGUUGGAGUUACUUUUCGGGUUGUAUUGGCUGAAGUUACUGUAGAUGGCCAUUUUAGCUAUUUUUCAUACGGAGUAUAUUUUUUACUUUAUUUUAUUAAUAAAAUGUAUUUUAAUUUAUUAUUUUUCAUGAAUCACCAGAAUCAGCCAAUACAGCCGAUUCGGCUAUUACCAAACGGACUCAUAACUAUACAACAACAAUAUUUAUUAAGGAGUAUUAUUAUUAUAGCCAUACAACAACAUAAGAUAUGAUAAAAGAAUAAGAUAAAAAUGAAUGUAAGAUAAAAUAACAUAUAUAUAAGAAAGAUAAAAUGUAAUAUUAAUAAUUUGGAAGAUAGAAAUUUUAUUUUUAGCUCAUAAACUGGCUCGAGAUCAAAUCAAGCUCGAGCUAUUAUAUAUAUGGAGCAUCUUAUUUGCAUUGAGCUCAGUCCCGUUCGAGAUCGAAUCAAGCUUGAGCGAAGCUCAACUGAGUUCAAGAUCGAAUUAUUUACCUCUUUCAAACUCGAGUUCGUGAAUUCUUAUCAAGUUCGAGCUCCAAUACACUCAUGUUCGGGCUCAGUUUGGCAUUUUCCACCGCUACCCGAUUUGCAGACAAAAUCAGAACUGCCUCUACUGCUUUCAACAAAUUAAGAAAGAGAUCCCAUUAAGAAAGACAAAAUCAAUUCAAGAAGAAGAAAAAUGGCUGGAACUGAUAAAGUGAAUCAACAGAAUCAAGAUCUAGUACCAACUGGAAAAUUAGGUAAAAUAAUGCCAGUACUAGAAGCAAUGAGGCGUCCACGUGGCAGGCCGGCUGGGUCAAAGAACAAGCCGAAACCGCCAGUUAUCAUCACGCGCGACAGCGCGAACGCGCUUAAAGCACACGCGAUGGAGGUCAGCUCGGGCUGCGACGUCAACGAGAGCCUCCUGAGCUUUGCCCAGAGAAAGCAACGGGGAAUAUCCGUCCUGAGCGCCACGGGGUCCGUCACAAACGUGACAUUGCGUCAACCGGCAUCCUCCGGGUCAAUCGUGACCCUCCACGGGAGGUUCAAAAUCGUAUCUUUGGUCGGCUUGAUUCUCCCGCCUCCGGCUCCGCCGGGGGUGACAAGGCUGACCAUAUACCUUGCCGGAGUGCAGGGGCAGGUGGUGGGUGGGAGCGUGGUUGGUGCACUUAUCGCCUCCGGUCCGGUCGUGAUCAUGGCCGCAACUUUCUUGAAUGCCACUUAUGAUAGGCUGCCAUUGCUUGAUGAUGACCAACAAGUCAUUUCCACGGCCAACCAGGCAACCACCACCACCAAAACGGCGGCGGGCAUCAGAAUGUGGAGGUUUCCGACAUAUAUGGGUUGCCACAGAGUCUGAUUAGUGGUGGCGGUGCUUUACACCAGGUUUACACUUGGGCACCGCCUAAGAACUUGUCAAAACCAUAGAUGCUGCUAAGAACUUGUCAAAACCAUAGCUGCUGCUAAGAGAAUUGAUACUCUCCUAGACUUUCAUUAAUGUUCUUAAUUUAUUUAGAUUUAUUUUACUUCUCAUAGCUAAAUAAGAAAAAAUGUAUCUAUAUGGUAAUCAUUCAAUGUAUCCUGUUAUUAUACCUACUUAUCCUAUGUUUAACAGAUUAAUUAUGAUGUUCAAUUAGAAAUGGAUGUGGGAUCCAAAUCAUCCAAUGUACUUUUCUUCAAUAUCA